AUGUAGAAUUUUAAAAGAGUUGUUAUUUUAUUGUCUAAAACUUCUGGAAGAGAUAAAUCUUGCAGAAUUUUACAAUAUUUUGGUAAAUUUUGUGCAGAAUAAUUGAAAGAGUUAAAAUAGGAUGAAUUAUCCUUAAAGUGCAAAAACUUAAGUUCAAACAUGAGUUUAACUAGAAAGGUCUUAAGAUUUGGAAGAACAAUUGGAAUCAUAAUUUCAAUUAUGGAAUUAUCAAAAUAAAAAGGAAAUAAAGCAAUCAUUCUUAAUAAAAUAUUGAUGAAUAUUUCUUGCUUUCUUUAUUUUUUGGUUGAUCACACUCAUUGGUUUUGUAAAAUUUAAGUGAUACAAAAUCCAUAAUUAGAAGCCAAGGCAGAUUAUUGGAGUGAUGCGCUUUGGAAUUUUGAGGCGUUCUUUGAUUGUGUUGCAUUGAUUUUAGAAAUAAGGGAAGAAUAAAAUAAAUCAUAAGAAACAAAAUCCUCCUAACGUCUUUUCAAUCUUAAAUUAGAUUUACUAAGGGCUUUUAUGGAUUUACUGAGUGCCUAUGGAUUUAUAAGUAAUGGGAGAGUACCUGGUAAAUGGAUUGGCUUCUUUGGAACUAUCAGCUCAAUUAUCGGAUUAAAAUAACAAUGGGAUGCAGCUAAGUGA